GUUGAUGGGCGUGGUCGUGAAUUUCCGGUUAGAAUUUCCUUGUGGGGGCGGUUUUGUGUCACGCGCACGAGCCACGUUCAGACAGACGGCUUUCGGAAGGUGAUUUUUUUUUUUAUUUUGUUUUUGAGAGCAGAUUCGGCGCGGGGGUGAAGUCGAUCAGAGUCGGGAUCUGUGACGGCUCUUCAUGGCAGUCAGAAGGGGACACGUUAGAUACUUAAAAGAGGUGUACGACAUGUCGAACGGUUACGAGGAUCACAUGGUGGAGGAAGCGAAGGACGCCAAGACGAACCUUAUUGUGAACUAUCUGCCGCAGAACAUGUCACAGGAGGAGCUGCGCAGUCUCUUCAGCAGCAUCGGCGAAGUGGAGAGCGCUAAGCUCAUCCGAGAUAAAGUCGCCGGCCACAGUUUAGGGUACGGCUUUGUUAACUAUGUAAACCCUAGUGAUGCAGAAAGAGCAAUCAGUACUCUGAAUGGCUUGAGGCUACAGUCUAAAACCAUCAAGGUGUCGUACGCACGGCCGAGCUCGGACUCGAUCAAAGACGCCAACCUGUACAUCAGCGGCCUCCCUAAGAACAUGACACAGAAGGACGUGGAGGACAUGUUCACACGCUACGGACGUAUCAUCAACUCUCGCGUGCUGGUCGAUCAGACUUCAGGUCUUUCCCGCGGCGUUGCAUUUAUACGCUUCGACAAGCGCUCCGAGGCAGAAGACGCCAUUAAAGAGCUGAAUGGACAGAAACCUCCCGGCGCGGCUGAGCCCAUCACAGUCAAAUUUGCUGCCAAUCCCAAUCAGAUUAAAAACUCACAGAUCAUCCCUCAGGUCUAUCACUCACAGUCUCGCCGCUUCGGAGGACCUGUACACCACCAGGCCCAGAGAUUCAGGUUCUCCCCGAUGGGUGUGGAGACCCACAUGGGUGGUCUGUCCGGGGCGAACAUGGGUGGGAGUGCGCAGGCCGGGUGGUGCAUCUUCAUCUAUAACCUGGGUCCAGAUGCAGACGAGGGAAUCCUGUGGCAGAUGUUCGGUCCAUUCGGCGCCGUCACCAACGUCAAAGUGAUCCGAGACUUCAACACCAACAAGUGCAAAGGCUUCGGCUUCGUCACCAUGACCAACUAUGAGGAGGCGGCCGUGGCCAUCGCUAGCCUCAACGGCUACAGAUUGGGGGACAAGAUCCUGCAGGUGUCCUUCAAAACCAGCAAGACGCACAAGUAGACUGACAUUGCUCUGAAAUCUGUUUUUAUAAUUUCAUCUGCUUCACACACACACACACACCUUGCAUCACUACAUCAGUGCACUCAUAACGACCGCCGUAAAGUCGGUCAUUUAGUAUCGUGAUGUAUUGUUUAACAUGCCCUGUGUGUUAGUCCACUUCACACCCCGCAUCGCUCUCUCCAUUGCGUCUGUUCGUUUUUACACCCGAGGCUGUGACUAAAGUAUAAAAAGAUGCACAAAACGCUCCGGAAUUCAGUCUUGUUCAUGCUAGCAAGAAAUGUUUUUCUUUUGUAGUAUAAUUUCACUUGGAUUAGCCUUGGUAGGAUUUUUUUUUCUUCCCUGCGAGUGGGGUUAAGUUGUUAACACCCCAUUACUGACAUUUCUCUUUUUUUUUUUUUUUUUUUUUUCUUUCUCGUUUUGUUAUACAACUGCAGAUUGUUAGUGAGAUUUUGUUAAGGUACACAACUACCUGUCUAUCUGUUUGUAUUUUUCUUCAUAUUUUCUUCAUAAUUUAAUCUCUUUUUUGUGUUAACCAGUUCAUGUGUAGUUUUUGAGUGCUUCAUACGUGUAGUAUUGUUAGCCACACACACACACCGAGGUCAUGGCUCGGAUGUUGGUAUCGGAGCAGAUUUGCAAUUCUGAUAGCUGUAUUAGAUCUGAAACUGGUUUGCUCCUGCUAAUAAUGAUAAACAUGGUGGUGGACCUGUGCGUUUGUGUGUGUGUGUGAGUGAGAGAGAGAGAGAGAGAUGUUUCUGGCGCCCUCUGCAGUUUGUGUGCUGAACUGCAUCAAAAAGGAGGAAAGGGUGGAGCCUGGUUCUACAUGUGGGUGGGGCUAAUUUCAGGAAAAAAAUUAAACUGGGUUCAUGUUGUGAAAUUUUGAUUGUAAAAGCCUCACUCAGUUUAUCCCUUCAAGUCAGCCAUUUUGUCUCAAUGUUUGUUACUAUGAUUAUUAUGGGAUGUUUAAAACAUUCUCAAGUCAGUGUUUCAACAUUUGAUGCCUUAUUAUUAUUACUUUUCCUUCAGUUUUUGACCCUGAGGCACUUUUCCUGAUUGGGUCUGUGGUGUGUUCGGUGAAGCGGAAACUGUUGGUUUAUUUAAUUUAUGAAGAGUAAUAAGCGACAGAGAGAGUGAAAGUAUGAAGGACCAAAGACGAGGAAAAUUCCCCUGGAAAAACAAACAAAUUCUCAUUUCACCUUCAAGCUUUUGUUGUUUGCUUCUUUUUUUUUUCUUUCUUGAUUUACUCUGUUGUUUUAUGUGACUUUAGUUGUAUUUUUUUUCCCCCUCAGUACUAAUCAUAAAAAAACGGCUUUUUGAUCUUUUGUUUGUUUGUUUGUUUUGAGGUUGUUUGACAAUUCUGAACAUUAAAUUUUAUUUUGAUUUGCCGAACAUUUAGUUUUGUUUCAUUUAUUUCUUAUUAGCUUUUGUUUGUUUUAUUUUUCAAGCGUAUUCGACAGCUUUUAUGAUCCUGAAUAAAUCCUGUUGUAUUAGGUUUUUUUUACAUCUUGAUAACAGUUAGCUGGGAUUAGGUUUGAGUUUUAAGCAGCAGGAUUAAGACACUGAAAUUCUACAAUUUGUAAAUAUUUUAGGGGUUUUCAUUUCCAGUUCCAAAUCAGUGUUCACAUUUAAUCUUCAGUAAGUGCGCAGUGUCAAACAUCAGGAAAUUAUUGUAAUUUUUUAAAUCAGACAUUUCUGGUUUGUGUAGCAAAUUAAUUCCUACGAUGAUUAUUACAUUUAGAUAUAGUCGUCAAGGGCACUUCAAGAGGCUGCCUAAGUAGUGCAUGAGGUAAUCUGUCCUGUUCAGAGUUCUGUUUACCGGUUUUAUGAAGAAUAACCCUGCAGUGAGGAUGUAGAAGAAUCGUUUCUAUGAUAAUUUCCUGAUUUCUCGAGCUGUGGUUUGCUGAUGUGUAAAGCUGCUGAAUGUUGUAUUUAUCACAGUUAAAUAACGUUGUUACAGUACUGUAGCUACAGCUAGUUGUGAGAUCCUCACCGGUUCAAUGUAACCAUGGCAGCAACACUCAGUAUUGUUACCAUGGUUACACAAUGUUUUAUAUUUAUAAAGGGUCUCUGUUCUGCUUGUAUCUUGUUUUUGCCUCUUUCUCUCUCUCUCUCUCUCUCUCUCUCCCUCUAUCUUGCUCUGUUCCUUUUUUUUGUCUUUCCCUCUAUCCUUGUUUUCUCUAUUCCUCUCUCUCUUUCUGUCUCAUUGUCUUCACAUCUGUCUGUCUCUGUGUAGAAAUGCACAGGAUGUGAUGAGCAAGAAGACGAUUUGUCCUCUGAUGAUGGAUGGAUUAACACACAGCCAUUAGUGUGUGAAGAAGCUGGUGUUAAAUUGAUGAGUGUAAUUGUCCUGCUCUGACCUCUUAGUGGUGUUGUGCAGUGUUUCCUCACUCCUGUGUGUGUGUGUGUGUGUUAUAUUUAUUGUCGUACGUGUUCGCUGAAGAUUAUUUGUUUUGUUUUUUUAAAUCGCCAUAUUGAGAUUUACAGUCAGGCUGUAUGUAACAUGGUGUUUAUUUCAAAUAAAAUACCCAGCAAAUGG